GCUGGCACCGUGGACUACAACAUCGCCGGGUGGCUUGACAAGAACAAGGACCCCCUGAAUGAGACCGUGGUGGGGCUCUACCAGAAGUCUUCCAUGAAGACUCUGGCCUACCUCUUCUCUGGGGCAGCAGCAGCUGCUGAAGCUGGUGGCGGUGGUGGAAAGAAAGGCGCUAAGAAGAAGGGUUCUUCUUUCCAGACUGUGUCUGCUCUCUUCAGGGAGAAUUUGAACAAACUGAUGACUAACUUGAGGAGCACUCAUCCCCACUUUGUGCGGUGCAUCAUCCCCAAUGAGACCAAGACUCCUGGGGCCAUGGAACAUGAACUCGUCUUGCACCAGCUAAGGUGUAAUGGUGUGCUUGAAGGCAUUAGGAUUUGCAGGAAAGGAUUUCCAAGCAGAAUCCUUUAUGCAGACUUUAAACAGAGAUAUAAGGUAUUAAAUGCAAGUGCUAUCCCUGAAGGACAAUUCAUUGACAGCAAGAAAGCUUCUGAGAAGCUCCUUGGGUCCAUUGAUGUUGACCAUACCCAGUAUAAAUUUGGUCACACCAAGGUCUUUUUCAAAGCUGGCCUUCUGGGGCUCCUAGAGGAGAUGAGAGAUGACAAGUUGGCCCAGUUGAUUACCCGCACCCAGGCCAUGUGCCGAGGGUUCUUGGCAAGAGUGGAGUACCAGAAGAUGGUAGAGAGAAGAGAAUCCAUCUUCUGCAUCCAGUACAACGUCCGUGCCUUCAUGAAUGUGAAGCACUGGCCCUGGAUGAAGCUGUAUUUCAAGAUCAAGCCUUUGCUCAAGAGUGCGGAGACUGAGAAGGAGAUGGCCAACAUGAAGGAAGAGUUCGAGAAGACCAAAGAAAACCUUGCAAAGGCUGAGGCCAAACGAAAAGAACUGGAAGAAAAAAUGGUGACAGAGAGAGCUGAGGAUGAGGAAGAGAUCAAUGCUGAGCUGACGGCCAAGAAGAGGAAGCUGGAGGAUGAAUGCUCAGAGCUGAAGAAAGACAUUGAUGACCUUGAGCUGACAUUGGCCAAGGUUGAAAAGGAGAAGCAUGCCACAGAGAACAAGGUGAAAAACCUCACAGAAGAGAUGGCAGGCCUGGAUGAGACCAUCGCAAAACUGACCAAGGAGAAGAAAGCCCUGCAAGAAGCCCACCAGCAGACACUGGAUGACCUGCAGGCGGAGGAGGACAAAGUGAACACCCUGACCAAGGCCAAAAUCAAGCUGGAGCAACAAGUGGAUGAUCUUGAGGGGUCUUUGGAACAAGAAAAGAAAAUCCGAAUGGACCUUGAAAGAGCAAAGAGAAAACUGGAGGGAGACCUAAAAUUGGCCCAAGAAUCUACAAUGGAUGUAGAAAAUGACAAACAGCAACUUGAUGAAAAGCUUAAAAAGUAA